GGUCGGACCAAAAUCGUUCCCCCCGACUGAACUCCAGCCAACACGAAAGUAGGCUCUCUCUCUCUCUCUCUCUCUCUCUCUCUCUCUCUCGCUCUCUAUCCGCAUCUCUCUCAGUCAUUUCCCUCUCUCUAUCAGCACAACUCUUCUUCUUCCUUCAUCCCCUUCCCUCGCUCUCGGCGUGUGCAUAUAAGGCUUUAGGGUUGAAGAAGUUCAGUCUCUCGGAAAUGAGACCAUAGCAUGCUCCGACUAUCCUGACUGAGAUUUUUCUUAAGCUAGGGUUUUUUGAUUGCUGCGACUGAUUUGUUCCGACUACUCAUUGCUCGAUCUGCGGAUGGAUUCACGAGAUUCGUCGUCACUGACUGCUGCGAGCAGGGACGGGUCCCCGGCCGACGAGGAGGGCGUCCUAUCCGUUGCUGCGGCGCUCGCGAAGGACGCUGGCCUGCUGUUUCAGUCGCGGAAGUUCGCCGAGUGCGUUGAUGUUUUGAAUCAGCUAUUGCAGAAGAAAGAAGAUGAUCCGAAGGUGCUUCAUAACAUUGCUAUUGCUGAGUAUUUUCGAGAUGGUUGUUCCGAUCCAAAAAAGUUGCUUGAAGUACUUAAUAAUGUUAAGAAAAGAAGUGAAGAGCUUGCUCGUGCUUCUGGUGAACAAGUGGAAGCUGUUAACAAUCAUGGAAACAAAAGUAUUUCAGGCUCUAAAGGAACUAAUGCCGUGACACAACAAUUUUCUGCUGCAAAUAGUCCCAGUAUUGAUUACACUGAUGAAUAUGACACGUCUGUGGCUACACUAAAUACAGCAAUUAUCUGGUUCCAUCUUCAUGAAUAUGCAAAGGCGUUGUCAAUUCUGGAGCCAUUAUAUCAAAAUAUUGAACCCAUAGAUGAGACAACAGCUCUUCAUAUUUGCCUUUUGUUGCUGGAUGUUGCACUAGCUUCCCACGAUGCGUCAAAAUCUGCUGAUGUAAUUAACUAUCUCGAAAAAGCUUUUGGGGUUGUCAGUCAAGCUGACAGUGGAAGUGCAGUGCAGCAACAAUCCUCAAACCUAGUUACAAAAUCUUCUUCUGUUCCAAGCAAUGCAAUGGUUCCUGAUGCUUCUAAUACAGAUUCAGCUGCUAAUGUAAAUUCUUCAGAAAAUGACUUGUCAAGAACUUUAUCAGAGGAGACACUUGAGUAUGAUACCUUAUUAUCAACUCUGGAUAUGAGUGGACAGAACUUGACAAGGGCUGCUGGCCUCCCAUCUUCAAAUGAUCUUUCAAGGACAUCAGCUGAUCGGUCCAUUCCGACUGUUGAUCUGAAACUCAAAUUGCAGCUUUACAAGGUUCGGCUCCUGCUUCUCUCUAGGAACCUGAAGGCAGCGAAACGUGAAGCAAAGAUUGCAAUGAAUAUUGCACGUGGGGGAGAUUCCUCCAUGGCUCUUCUUUUGAAGUCCCAGCUUGAAUAUGCCCGUGGGAACUACCGAAAAGCAAUCAAGCUCUUGAUGGCAUCAAGUAACCGGACAGAAACUGGGAUUUUGAGUAUAUUCAACAACAACCUGGGGUGUAUCCAUUAUCAACUUGGGAAACACCAUACAUCAUCGAUAUUCUUUUCCAGAGCACUAAGUAAUAGUUCAUCUCUUCGGAAGGACAAGCCUUUAAAGCUGUUAGCUUUCUCACAGGAUAAAUCUCUCCUUAUAAUCUACAACUGCGGUAUCCAGUAUUUGGCUUGUGGAAAACCAAUACUUGCUGCUAGGUGUUUCCAGAAGGCCAGUAUGAUUUUCUUCAACAGGCCUCUCUUGUGGCUUCGAGUUGCUGAGUGCUGUCUCAUGGCUCAUGAGAUGGGGCUUCUGAAUUCCAGUGGGGUAGAUAAAUCAGACGUUAGAGUCCAUGUUAUUGGUCAAGGAAAAUGGAGGCAACUUGUUGUGGAAGAUGGGAAUUCAAGAAAUGGGCAUGUGGAUUUUUCGGUUGAAAGAGAUGAUUGGUUUAUGGGUACUGGCCCCCCUCAGCUCUCAAUGCUCCUAGCUCGGCAGUGCCUCCUUAAUGCCCUUCAGUUAUUGUCCUGUUCUGAGUCGAAGAAUUUAAAAUCUAGUUUGCCGCAUAAUUCCCGUUCAGAAGAAAAUGGAUCCAGUGCGCCAACAUCCUCCAAGAAUUCAAACCACAAGAACUCAUCUGGUAUUGACACCAAACUUUCUAAUGUGACAGUGGGUUCUGUUCAGGUUAAUUCAAAUGGGGACGCAAAAGACCAGAAGGGAGUAUCGGGUUUGAAUACCACACUACAGAAUUCCAUUUCCGACUACGAAGAUAUUUGUAGAAGAGAGAACCACAUGAUCAAGCAGGCCCUUCUCGCUAACCUUGCCUAUGUAGAGUUGGAGCUGGAUAAUCCUUUGAAGGCAUUGUCUACUGCAAAGUCUCUUCUGAGUCAUCCAGAAUGUUCCAGAAUAUACAUCUUUCUCGGCAAUGUGUAUGCAGCAGAGGCUCUCUGCUUGCUGAACCGGCCAAACGAAGCUGCUGAGCAUUUGUUCAUCUAUUUGUCGGGAGGUAAUAUUGUUGAAUUUCCGUACAGCGAACAGGACUGUGAGCAAUUGCGAACAGAGAAAAUCAUGGAUUCUGAAGAGUUGAGCAGUGGUGUGGGGACUACCAAGAACCUUGCCGGGGAGGAAUCACAGGGUAUUGUAUUCCUCAAGCCGGAAGAAGCACGUGGGGCACUGUAUGUAGACUUGGCUGUAAUGUGUGCAAUGCAAGGGGACAUGGAGCAGGCUUGGCGAUUCGCCAUGCAAGCAUUAUCCAUAAUACCGAACUCUACCGAAGCGAUUCUUACCGCAGUUUAUGCGGAUCUGGUGGUUGGGAAGACCCAGGCAGCUCUUGCCAAGUUGAAACAGUGUAGUCAUGUUAAGUUUCUGCCGGGCAAUUUAACAUUGAAUAGCUCUUCUUCUUCUUCUUCUUCAUCUUGAUGGGUUGUAUCAGUGGCUUUUUUAAUUGGUUGUGUUGAAUGAGGCCCAGCCAUCUGUGUUGGAAAGCAAAAGCAAAAUCAAAAGCGGGUUUAGAUCAGCAAUCCUUUUAGAGGAUUUGUAACAUAUAUAUAGUUCAAUUCAGAGAAUAAAUUUCUCUUUUUUUUUUUUUGGUUAUUUGUUUUUGAUUUGCAGAUGUAGCAGUCUGAUGACAGCUGGUGUGGCAAAUUAUUUUGUUAGUGAAAAUGCCCCACUGGCAAAUUUGAGAUGUAGUUCUGAUUCAAAUUAUUGUGUUUUAGUGGCUAAUAUCCAUCUCAUUCAACCAUACAUAUUCCAACAAA